AGCUAAUCCGGUCAGCCUGUACUGCUCCGGCGAUGCAUUUUCCUUCAUAGGCUCACCUCUUUGCGCUGCUUCUUAUCCAUCCCCGUGCCCCAUGGCUUCUACCGGCUGCUGCAAGGAAUGGCCGGGGGAUGAAGGUGUUGCGCGAAUCGACCUGGGACGCUGCUGCCGCACAACGGCGAGCUCAACGAGCCCGACGACGACGGCAAGCAGCGACCUGGAAGGGGAGGAGGGGCAUGCCUGGGCCGCCGCGCUUCCUCGACCGUUGUGACACCCUCCAUGAUGGGCGCCCCAAGAUUCUUCGGCCGCAGGAAGCGUCUGGCGGCAGCGGCGCGUCUCCGGCCAAAUCCGGUCAAAUCCAAUGGAAAAACAGCCCUCCUGCCCGGCCAAGCGACCAAGCCCCAAUAGCAGAACCCAAUGGUCGUCACGCAGCAGAUGCUGUCCAACCAAGUUUGUGUUUCCACAUUGCUUCUUAUGGCAUUGAAAGCGUCUUCAAAGGCUUCCUCUUCCUCAUACUUGUACAUGCAAGCACUGAAAUCAGCAAGUACAUUUGGUCCAUCCUCGUCUUUUUUCUUAUGAGGAACGUGUUGAACAACCAUUUGAAUGAUUCAAAUGUCUCAUCAUAUAAAAGUGCAGCACCAAAAAUGACCAUUUCUCUGAAAUGGUUGAAACCAACAAACACACCGAAGGGUCUGUACUCUUUGUUUGUCCCAAAUGUUGUAUCGAAGGUAACAACAUCACCGAAAUGAGCAUAGUCAAUUAUCAUCCUUGCAUCAGCCCAAAAGAUAUUUGCUAUAUUUUCAUCGCAAUCUAGUUGCAUGUCAUAUUCAAAUGCAGGAUUCUCAUUCUUUUUAUCUCUAAAAUACUUGAGCAUACUUCCAGCUUCACCAUACAUCAAGUCCCUUUGUCGCCUGGUUCGCAAGUGGUUCUUGCGAUCACGACAUGUGUAGCCAAGGUUCAGUGGACCACCAACUUGUCGACUUGCAAACUCAUGGGCUUUUCUCGGUACAAUUCCUGAAUCAUCUGCUGUUUCAAUUUCAAAUGCUUGCAAGGCUGAAAUCUUCCUCUGUGAUGGCAUCAAGUGGCUUGUCCCAGGUAAUUGCAAGACAUGGUUGUGUUCAACAACUAACUCAUGCACCUCAUAAUUUCGUGCUUCUCGGUCUAUAGUAAUUCCCAUUCGAACAUUGCAGCCGGUCCUUGUUUCUGCACGAGGACGCUUUGUAUUAUUAUCCCUUUUGUCUUUUCUUCUGUAGCCCUCAUUGGAACAAACAUAUCUUGCUGAGGUGAUUACUCCAUCGAGUUUGCUCUUGUUUUCAUAAUUUAUCCUUACAUCAAAACCAAUAUGACCUCCAUAACAUGUCCAAAAGUUCCAAGCCUCUUUUGUGGAAUUGAAUUUCAUACCAAUCUGAGGCAUCCAACUAGGAACCACAUUUGUCCUGUAAAAGUUACACAUAACUUAUUUGUUUGUAUGUUUACACUACAAUCAUAAGGUGAUAUAACCUGAGAAUUUAACAAAAUUGUCGGUACCUGUUAGCAUCCUCAUUACAGCUAGUCAUAUUCUCCAUUAGACUUUCUCUUCGUUUUUGUUGCUAGGAGAAGGACAACAAAAGGGAGACCAUCUGCAUUAAUCUCCUGUCAUGUUUUGGAAAUCCCAGGACUUGAUGAGCAAAUCAUCUGUCUUACAAGCAAAUAUUUGAAUACAUUCAUGCAUUUUAUCUUGAGCUUGUCCAAAACAAUUGAGAUCACUUCUAUUAAAUUUUUUUCACUCUAACAUAAUCUAAAAGAUGCAGAAAAUAAGUUUUGCAUCUUGCCCUUAUCAUCCUCCAUUAAGAAAAUAGUAGCAUAGCAAACUCAAUCUACAAAUUGUGUGCCUUGAGAACAUGAAUACAAUCAGAGCAUAUGUCACAUACCUUCAGAUUAAUUGUCUUCUU